AUGGGCAUGAAAUUACACAAAACUGGGAGACCACUCCCGUGUGCCGCACAAUUUGACACAGAUGCAUGCAUAUGCAUACCAAACUCAAUUACUUACCAAAUCAUAUUCCUCGCGUUAAAUGCAUACCAAACUGGAAAUACACGUGUAAAAUGGAUGGAGAUCCACAACCAACAGGGUGCCACACAUAAAACACCCAACUAACUAACAGCCCAACACUUUUCGUCUACACCUUCCCAACAUAACAUAUAUAAGACACACAACACAGCUACCAAACUGUCUUGUUGAGCCUGUUAUCCGCAGGGGAGAUGUCCAUAUAUGCUGUCUGGGAAAUCGUGGACACACAACAGGUAGUUUUCUUUGACGCUAUGAUUCCAUUGCUAAUCUGUCUUUGACUCUUUUCUCUGACGGAAAUGGACUCGUUGUGUUGUAU